AUGUUACUAAAAGGUAUCAUGCUUAUACCUUUAUCAAAACCAGAAAGUUUGGGGAUAAGCUCUCAAAACUCAAAAGCUCCAAAUAUUAGACUUCUCAGUGAUAAUGAAGAAAAUCGUAUUAUUGAUAGUUCAUUAGACUUCAAAGACUCAAUAAGCACACAAGCACUUCUUGAGAAAGAACCAGAUACAGUUGUUAUUAAAGAAUCAGAUGAUGUCAAUACCAAUAAUGAUCAAGAAGGAAAUCAAGAUGAAGAAGAUACUAAAUCAUCUGAACCUUUUAAAAAUUUCAAGCUUCCUGAUGGUGAUAGUCCUUGGUUAAGUAAAAUUAAAGACCCUUUCAAUGAUCAAGAUUCUCCUUGGUUGAGCAAAAUGAAAGAUCCAUUCAAAGAGACUCCAAUUAAUACAAAAGUUUUUGAUGCAUUUAAUGAAACUCCAAAUUCCAAUAAAAGAUCCCCUAAUCCUUUAAACACACCAACUGCAGCAGCCCAUAAAGUGUUUCAAAGACUUCGUGAAAACAACAACAUUCCUGAACUUGAUAUAGAUUCACAAUCUCUACCUGCAAUGUUUAAAGAUACCCAACCUAUAUCUGAAAAUCCUACACAAGAAGAACAAGAAGAAAAUAUUCAUUUUAAUGAGACAACGAUUAACGAUUCCACAAUGAAUGAUGACAUUACUCAUGGUGGUCAUGAUGAUGAUGAUGAUGAUAAUAAAUAUUUAACAAAAGAUGAUACAACGACAGAAAUUGAACCAACUAAAAGAGAUGUAACUUCUCAAAUACUACCCACUACACAAGUUUUGGACGAUACAGUACCCAUUGAUGAUAAUAACCAAGACACCAACCUCAAAAGUGACAAUACACAAGGUGAUAUUCAAGUUCCAGGUACAGCUCCAGAUGAUGAUGCCUCAAUUGAUGUUGAAGAAAGUGCUAUAAUGGAUGAACCAAAAGAUGCCCACUUUAUAAAUAACCAAGAAGAUCGAUCAUCACCAAUUAAUUCUGAUGCUGAAGAUGAAACAUUCCCCUUAAAUAUUGGUAGAAGGCUACAAAGUGAACCAGUUGGUGCUAAUUACUUGAAUAUAUUGGCUGAAGAUAGCAUUCAGAAAUAUCAUAGAGAUUUAGGGAAAAAAGUGAAUGAAUUACCUACAGAUGAUGGUAAAAGUUUAUUACAUUCAAAAUCAUUCACUAAUGACACUUUACAAAUUAGUCAGGGAAAAAGAUUGAAUUCAUUACCUUUAAAAUUAGACAAUAAUAAAAUACAAAUUAAUCACAAUGAACUGACAGCUGUACCUGAAAAACAGACACAAACUGUUAUCAAUUCUUCAAAUGGACAAUCAAAAUCACAACCAACAUCAUCAUUGAGAGUGGAAGAAUCAUCACCAGCAAUUCGUGAUGAAGAUCUUUAUGAAUUCAAAAAAAAGAAGAAACCUUCUCAAAUAGAUGAUCAAAAGGAUACUGUUGAUAUUAAUGGACUUGCUGAGAAUGUUACACAGGAAUUUUCUGAUGUCGAUGAUGUUGAUGAUGAGAGUAAAAUUGAGAAUUCUUUGGUGGAGGAACGCUCAAAUAUCCAUGAUCUAGAAAAUACAGAUAGUUCUAAUAGGAUACGGAGAUCAUCAAGAAAUAAAAAUAAAAAAAUUGAUUACACAAGUUCACCUGAAAAGAGUUUUAAUCAAGAAGAUUUAUCUGUUGUUUUAGAUGCUGAUACAUCCCAGCUAGGAAAUGAUGAUCAUGAAACUUCUGAUGAUGAUGAUAGAGAAACACCAGAUUUAUCAAGUAAAUUAGAAUUUCCAAAUGAAAUUUUACGUGAAGAAAACCAUGAACUCACUGAAAAUGAUAUAAUUUUCAAAAACAGUAUUUGGAGUCUUGACAAUACUAGAUAUUAUCCAGGGUUGAUUAUUGGUCUAUCUGAGAAUGCAUUAAGCGUGAAGUUUUUCGAAUCAACAAAUGAAGUUACUGGAAGUAUAUUUCCAUUGGAUAUUCAAGUAGGUGAUCACGUUAAAGUUGAAAGAGGAUCAUAUAUAGUUACAGGACUUGAAUGUGUUAUUAAUGAUAAUGAAAAGGAUGUCAUUAGAUGUAUGAGAGGUUAUGAUACAGUGCUUUUAAAGAAAUUGAAAGGUAAAGGUAAAAGACAAAAAAUUUUGGAUAAUGAAAUACGUGUACCUUUAGAAGAAGUUAGAAUAGAGAAUGAAGAUUGGCAUUUGAGAUCAAGAGUUUUAGGUGAAGAGCAAAUGAUCAAACCAAAACGAUUUUCAGCUAAAGAUUCUAAAACUCGUAAAAGAUUAUUACCAAUAUCUUAUAAUGAAGAUGAUUUGUUAUCAUCAGCUCCUGUGAAAAGACCUAAAAGCAGAUCUCCUGGUAUAUUUGAUGAAUGUGUCUUUGUUAUUACAGGUGAAGUUGAUAAAGAUAGUUUAACAGAAAAAAUUGAAUCAAAUGGUGGUUUUAUUUUAGAAGAAGGUUUUGCAGCACAAAUCAGCUUUUCAAAUGGUGAACCUACAAGUAAAUUUUUUGAAAAUUUUAAAUUUGCUGCUUUAAUUACCAAUAAACCUUUCAGAAGUUCAAAAUUUUUAGAAACUGUUGCUCUUGGUUGGCCUUUACUUUUUCAAGAAUUUAUUGAAGAUUGUAUUUUCCAGAAUAAAUUAAAAGAAAACAUUUAUUCUUAUGCUUUACCUUGUGGAGAAUCAACAAGAUUUGGGUGCCUGAAAUCAGCAAACUUUUUUUUAUUUAUCCAAAAAUGGGAUUCUGGGUAUAAUUUAUCAAGUCAAUUGGAUAAUAAUAAAUUUUUGAAAGAUAAAGUUGUUUUCCUUUGCUCAAAGAAAAAUGAAGAUAUAACAAAAUUUAUGUUUCAAAUUUUAGGUUCUAGUGAGGUUGUUCUUUUACCAAUUACAAACUAUACAAACUUUGUUAACAAAGCUUCCCAGUAUUCUAAUAGCACUAAAAUAUUGGUUUAUCAUGACAAAAUUAGUGUUAUUAAAUCCACUCUUUCUUCUGAAAAGCCAAAAAAAUCAAGAAAAGGAUCAAUACUGUCUCAAAUUGUCCCAAGUAAUCAAGAACGAACACUUGAUUUGGUGGAUUGGGAAUGGUUAGUUCAAUGUAUUAUUAGUGGUGAUAUUUUGGAAUCAAAAGAACAAUGUAAGAUUUGA